CAGAGCUUAUCCCUAAAGCUCCAAUGGCCAGAAAAACCUCUAGUCUUUCAUGGCUUCUCCUCCUUAGUCUAGCCUUCACUCUCCUUCUUGGUCACUCAACUUCUCAAAACGACCGAAAGGCUUAUAUUGUGUAUAUGGGCAAGCGGCAGAUGGACGAGAUUUCUACAUCAUCCCUUCACACAAGCAUGCUACAAGAAGUCAUUGGCAGCAAUGUUGGACCAGAGUCUUUGCUUUAUAGCUACAGGAGGAGUUUCAAUGGAUUUGCAGUGGAAUUAACUAAGCUAGAAGCUCAAAAAAUGGCUGGAAUGGAGGGCGUAGUGUCCGUGUUCCCUAGCGAACAGAAAAAGCUUCAUACAACAAGAUCAUGGGACUUCCUCGGCUUUCCGCAACAGGUUCCUCGAAGACCUAUUGAAAGCGACAUCAUUAUAGGAGUGCUUGACAGUGGAAUUUGGCCAGAGUCGGAUAGCUUUAGUGACAAAGGAUUUGGUCCACCACCUCCCAAAUGGAAGGGCACCUGCCAAACCUCGACCAAUUUCACUUGCAACAACAAAAUCAUUGGAGCAAAAUAUUAUAGUAGCAGUGGAGUUUUUGUCGAAAAUGAUGUUAAAUCUCCUAGAGAUUCAAUAGGCCAUGGGACACACACAGCAUCAACAUCAGCUGGGAAUUUAGUUAGCGGGGAAAGCCUACUGGGGUAUGGCUUGGGAACAGCACGUGGAGGAGUCCCAUCAGCACGUGUUGCUGUGUACAAAAUAUGUUGGAGUUCUGGGCGCUGUUCUGAUGCCGACAUUCUUGCUGCAUUUGACGAUGCCAUUGCUGACGGCGUUGACAUCAUAUCUCUUUCCGUUGGUGGACAUCAACCUCGGAAAUAUUUUAAUGAUCCAAUUGCCAUUGGUGCCUUUCAUGCUAUGAGAAAAGGAAUAUUGACAUCAAAUUCUGCUGGUAACGAUGGUCCAGAUAUAGCAUCCAUCACAAACGUUUCGCCGUGGGCUCUCUCUGUGGCUGCAAGUACUAUAGAUCGAAAGUUCUUCACUCAGGUGCAAUUGGGUAACAAGAAUAUCUAUGAGGGAAUUUCAAUUAAUACCUUUGACCUCAAGAAUGAAAAGUAUCCAAUAAUUUAUGGUGGAGAUGCACCAAACACUAGAAAAGGUUUUCGGAGUUCCAGUUCCAGGUAUUGCAGAAAUAAUUCACUGGACCAAGAUUUGGUGAAGGGUAAAAUUGUACUUUGCGAUAUCCGGACUAAUGGGGAAGGGGCAUUCGUAGCUGGUGCUGUGGGUACAUUGAUGCAAGGCCAAGCACGUCAAGAUGUUGCACGACCUUAUCCCUUGCCUGCAUCUUACCUUCGCUUGAAGGAUGGUAGCAAAGUGUACUCAUACAUAAAUUCGACAAGGGGUGCAACUGCGACUAUUCAAAAAAGUAAGGAGGGUAAAGAUAGAUUUGCCCCUUACAUUGCGUCCUUUUCAUCAAGGGGCCCAAGUCCAGUUACACCCAACAUUCUCAAGCCGGAUUUAGCUGCUCCAGGAGUUCACAUUCUAGCGGCAUGGUCUCUAAUUUCCCCAAUUUCACAAGUUAAAGGUGAUAAGAGAUUGCUGCCAUACAAUAUAAUCUCUGGAACGUCAAUGGCUUGCCCACAUGCUACAGGGGCGGCUGCCUACAUCAAAUCCUUCCACCCCACAUGGUCGCCUGCCGCUAUCAAGUCGGCUCUUAUGACAACUGCUGUUCCAAUGAGUGCUAAAAAGAACUCCGAUGCUGAAUAUGCGUAUGGCGCAGGCAAUAUAAAUCCUCUUAAGGCUAUAAAUCCUGGUUUAAUAUAUGAUAUUGGCGCACUUGACUACAUUAAAUUUUUGUGUGGCGAAGGAUAUAAUACCAAGUUAUUACAUCUUGUUACUGGGGACAAUAGUAGUUGUUCUAGAACCACUGAGGGAAUUGUUUUUGAUCUAAACUAUCCUACUUUUUCUAUAUUAUUAUCGUCCUCCAAAUCUUUUAGUCAAGUUUAUCAUCGGACUGUCACAAAUGUUGGAUCACCGACGUCUACAUAUAAAGCUAUUGUGGUAAGUUCCCAAGUUGGCCUUAGAAUCAAAGUGAACCCUAGUGUUCUAGCAUUCAAAUCUCUUGGACAAAAGUUGUCGUUUGCACUCACGAUUGAAGGAACGACAAAUAAAGACAUUGUCUCUUCUUCUUUAGUGUGGGAUGAUGGAACGUUCCAAGUGAGGAGCCCCAUUGUUGUAGCUGUUGCUGAUACAUGACUUUCUCUGCUACAUAUAUGUAUUACAUAAAUAAUAAUUGAAGCUAAAGCUUUGAAGGAAUAUGCAUGGGAGAUUAGAUAAAAGUAGUGGCGAAAGACAAAGGACUGAAAAUGGUUGUAAUUUGAGCAUUUGCUCAAGUUCUGCAAUGCAUUGUAAUUUGAACCUUUCUAAUUUAAUACUCUAUUUUGCUUA